CUGGGGGUGGGGGUGGGGGGGAAGCAGCGCGGCUGCAGGGGGCCCGCAAGGCCAAGGCGAACCAGCAGCAGCAACCAGCAGCAGCAGCAGCAGCAGCAGCAAACCAGCAGCAGCAGCAGCAAACCAGCAGCAGCAGCAGCAAACCAGCAGCAGCAGCAGCAGCAGCAGCAGCAGCAGCACCUGCCGGCAGUGUCGACGUGGACGAAGGAACUGCUGCAGCUGCUGCUGCUGCUGUAGGGGCAACGGGAACGAACGCGCAGCAGCAGCAGCAGCAGCAGCAGCUGCAGCAGCAGCAGCAGCAGCAGCAGCAGCAGCAGGGGGACUGA